GGUGAUGGUUCAGUGCUCGGUAGUCGAGGCUAAGGGUCACCAGUGCCUUGCUUCACCUCUUGUUCUUCUUCCAUUCUGUAACGAGCUGCUCUACUUUGGUUCUGGAGGGAGGAAAGGGGAGGACGACGGUAGCUGGGAAGAGUUGGGUCACUUGUUGGUUUUACUCCAUAUCAAAUGUUAUCCAAGUUCUAUCCCAAAACUCUUUCAUUUGAGUUAUGAAGAAUUCAGCACCAUGGCUCCCAGCUUCUCCAAAUGAAGGAACGCCAACGCUGGAGAACUGAAGAAGAUGCCAUUCUGCGAACAUACGUGAAGCAAUAUGGGCCGAGGGAGUGGAAUCUCGUCUCCCAGCGCAUGAACGUUCGCCUUGAAAGGGACGCUAAGUCAUGCCUUGAGCGUUGGAAAAAUUACCUCAAGCCAGGCAUCAAGAAGGGCUCUCUCACUGAGGAAGAACAGCAGCUGGUGAUCCAUCUUCAAUCCAAGCACGGCAACAAGUGGAAGAAGAUUGCGGCAGAGGUGCCUGGUCGUACCGCCAAGCGGUUAGGCAAGUGGUGGGAGGUCUUCAAGGAGAAGCAGCAGCGGGGGCUGAAGGAAAGCAAUAGGAUUUCGUCGAUCCCAAUUGAGCCCGGGAAAUACGAUCGAAUCCUCGAGAGCUUUGCGGAGAAGCUCGUGAAGCAACAACCGGUCGCUCCGUUGCUCAUGGCGUCGCCGUUGCUUCCACCAUGGCUUUCGAGCUCAAAUAACACGAGUUCGCCGUCUGUCGCGCUUUCGCUCUCCCCGCCGACACCGCCAACCCCAUGGGCGAAUUCACAGCAGAAUGUGAUGGAUUCUCGAUGUAAUGUGUUUGCGGAGCUGGUUGAGUGUUGCAGGGAAGUGGAGGAAGGGUAUCAGGCGUGGGUGGCGCAUAGGAAGGAGGCGGCGUGGCGGCUGAAGAGAGUUGAGCUGCAGCUGGAGUCGGAGAAGGCGAGUAAGAGGAAGGAGAAGAUUGAGGAGAUUGAGAUGAAGUUGAGGGAACUGAGGGAGGAGCAGGAACUGGCAUUGGAGAGGAUUGAAGCUGAGUGCAGGGAGCAGCUGCUUGUUGUGAGAAGGGAUGCUGAAGCGAAGGAACAGAAGCUGGCAGAACUGUGGUCUGCUAAGCAUGGUGCGUUAAGAAAGCUCAUGAAGCAGAUGACUGGCCAUCAUUGAUGAGAAGUGAGGAGGUUAUAUUUUUUUCUGUUUUUGCUGCUAUGGAGUUUGUUUUGCAGUUUAUGAAUCAUGGAUAGAGACUUUGCUUCAAAAUAGUUCAUGAAAAUUUUCGUUCAAUUUUUGAGCUUAUGGGUUUGUGGUGGUUGAAUUCUGGUAUAGCAUGAAAUGUGGAUAUCUUUAAAAUGGAAUUUGCAUUAUUGUGUGUUUUAAUGAUCAAAUAUAUAAGCUAUGGUUGGUUUAAGAAAAGUGGG